CGCCAGAGAGCUGGCUCCCGGCAUGCCAUGCGUGCGCGCACUGACAGCCUUUGCAGGCGGCUGAGAGGACGGACGGGCACGCACUGGCCCUAGUGCCCACCACACCCUCCCCCAGAGUGCGGAUCUAGCUCCCAGACCUCAGCAGGAUGGAAGAGAAGCUGAAGAAAGCCAAGAUCAUCUUUGUAGUGGGCGGGCCUGGCUCAGGAAAGGGCACCCAGUGUGAGAAGAUUGUGGAGAAAUAUGGCUUCACCCAUCUCUCCACUGGGGACCUGCUGCGAGCAGAAGUCAGCUCGGGAUCGGAGAGGGGCAAGAUGCUGUCAUCCAUCAUGGAGAAGGGGCAGCUGGUGCCACUGGAGACGGUGCUGGACAUGCUCAAGGAUGCCAUGAUGGCCAAAGUGGAUUCUUCCAAGGGCUUCUUGAUUGACGGCUACCCCAGGGAAGUGAAGCAGGGGGAGGAGUUUGAACAGCGGAUUGGACAGCCCACACUGCUGCUGUAUGUGGAUGCGGGCGCCGAUACCAUGACCCAACGACUCCUGAAGCGAGGGGAGACCAGUGGCCGUGUGGAUGACAAUGAGGAGACCAUCAAGAAGAGGCUGGAGACCUAUUACCAGGCCACAGAGCCUGUCAUCUCCUUCUAUGAGAAGCGCGGCAUUGUGCGCAAGGUCAAUGCCGAAGGUGAGGUGGACUCUGUCUUCUCCCAGGUCUGCACCUACCUGGACUCCCUGAAGUAACUGGAGCCCUUGGCCAGCUCCCAGCUUGCCCCACCCUUGCCCCCUGACCCCAGGCAGCCUGGCUCAAGCCCAGCGCCUCCACCCUGCCGGGCUGUGCACAGACACAGGAAGCCACUUUAUCCUGUUCCAUGGACAUGCGAGCACUAAAGGAAUUGCCAAGGA